CCCGCCUCCUGCGCUCUCCCCUCGGUCUGGCUCUGUCAACCACUCGGCUGUUGUGCAGCCAUUUUACCCUGGAACGGCGAGGCAGAGGCGGCCAGUGGAUGCCUACACAUUGCCGCUAAGAGCUGAUGAAGAUGUCGGUGGAGGUGCGAGGUCCUCUGGUCAGUCGACCCGUAGCCUUCACCAAUGAGGAGCAGAGGGUGAUCCACUCCUGGUCGCGGGUCUCUUCAGCGGGACACGAUGUCAUCCUGGACGCGCUCCACAUCCUCAGCCCCAAAUCCAGGGACCUCUCCAACACAGACCAGCUGCUCAGCUUCCUCCAGGAGUUGCGCGAUGAGGGUCACAGACCCACCAUCCUACGGAGCAAAGACGUUUACCAAUACCGCUCCUGCAUGACCCUGCCUCUCACGGAGAGCAUGCUCAAACAGGCCAAUAAGAAUGCCAGACAGGCCGCCAAAAAAAAGAAGAAACCACCUAAAAAGAGGGAGGUGCAUCCGUCGUGGAGUUGUGAUCGGAGCCGGCCCAGGAUCAAGGGAGUGCGUCCCCCGGAGCCCAGACUGAACUCCAGGCCAGUAUUUGUCUUGAGCAGACCCUCUGUGCGAACCCAGGACCCCCCAGUGCAGCCCUGUCUCCUCCUCACAAACAUCCAGGGCCAGUCGGGUUACCACACGGCUCGGCUCCAGAUCCAACCCACCUUUAGCCCUGCUGUUAAACCCGCUGCCGGACUUCCCCCGCUCUCCCCUGUGCCUCCCCCCUCCGGACUGCCCUCGCAAUUCCCCCUGCAGAACGGUGUGGUGGCCCUGUUUAGUCAAAAAACGCAGUCAUGUCCUGCCUCGAGGUCAGAUGGCGCUCUAAUCGGGGACUCUGCACCGGUUUUUGACGCACAGACUCAGCUUCAAACACGGAGCAACCAGUGGCACCCGCCCCGCCGAAGCCCAAAAGAGACACGAAAUGGCUGGAAGGAGAAGGACAGGAGGAGCCUUCAAGCCAAAGCUAUAAAAGUGGAUGAAUCGCGAUCAGUCACAGAGGCGAGGUUAAAGGCCCAAAAGAUCAUGCAGGUGAACUUGUCACCUGUGAUAAAAAUCCAACCAUUUCACCGCAUCCUCAGAGACUUCCGGUACCAGAUCAAAUGAGAUCCAUCAUACUAAAACUUGAGUAGGUUUUAAUAAAGCUUUUCCACUGCAUAGUUGUCAUUUUUGGCUUACCUUAUUUUGUGUUUUGGUCUACAGCAGACUGAAUUGAAUUUUGAGUUUUCAAACUAAAAUCCAUGGGUCAAAGACUCGAUUAAUUACUCGAAUAAUUAUUUAAGAUUAUCUCCAUUAAUUGUUAGAUUUUAGGUUAGCUGUGUAUAUUUAGUUUUCAUAAUUAUUCACUUUAUGAACCUAUUUUGUCCAAACAGCUUGACAGUGUAUGCCAAGUGUUCACUUUUGUUCUAUUCUUAUUCAGUGCAAUGUUUCUGAUUGUAGCGCAAAAUGUAGUGCCUGGGUUGUCAACUGGUGCAUGGGGAUCUGAAAAUCACUGGUCGUAAAGGGAUAAGGUUUGGGCCACAUUGACCCCAGUAGAGAAUGACAAACUUGCAUCAUCUGCCUUUUUAACUUAUUGCCUCAACUUCUGUUUUUUGGAUGAAUUGCCUGUCUUUGGUUUUAUUUUAGGUUUUUUGUGCAUUUCGCUCAAAAAUAACAAACAUUAAAAUCUUUGUUCUUUUGCUCAUAUAUUUCUGUAUUUCUGAUUAGUUUUGGACUCACUCUACAUUUCUAUAAUAUUAAAAAAUGGAAAAUUAAUUAAAAAUGUAUAUUUAUUUGGCUAGGAAAAGGGGUGAGAGUCAAAUUCAAGAAACCAAACAGUCUCAUAAUGUUUUAUUUGGUAUGUUGGAAAGGAACAGACAUUGAAAUGGAAAGCUACAGAAAUUAACCCUGGACUCUCAAAUUGUCAAGACAUUUCACCCAUACAUGAAAAGUACAGUUUUACUAAUAGUAUUUAUGUAGAUGAAUUGGCUAAUUGGCUGGUUAUAAACUCACAUGUAGUAACAAUUAUGUUAAUUGGGUUAAUGUUCAUUAGCAUGUGUCAAUGAAAAUACAUGGCUGGCUUUGAGAUUACAAAUUUUUGCAUAUAUUUCUGCCAACUCAACAGAAUUUAAAAUUCUCUUGAGAUCAAUGCUCUGUCCUUGCUAGGUUUCAUGUGGAGAGGUAGCCAGACAUAUAAUUAGCUUUUAUUAACAUCUUAAUGGGAAUAGGUUAUCGACGGGAUUGUGAAAUUAUGUAGAUCGUGUUGAGAUUCAAUUUGUGCACGAGUUUCAGAGUGAUGAAAAAUUACCAUAGGAAUUAAAGUAUUCUUUUGAAUGGUCAAAAAGUCCUGAAUACCUCCCAUUAAACAAGAAACCCAUGACUUUGAGAUGACUACUGGUGCAUUCAUACUUGUGUCCUGGUUUAAGCUAGGUUAAGUCCUAAUGUAGACCUGGUCGUGGUGUAGGUCUGUAGUUAAGUAUCCAUUUACCAAAUGAGAAUAAACUAAAUUUAUCCCAAAAGUGCAAAGAAGCACAAAGUUGAACUGUUUAUCCCUGAACUAAAUGAUAUUUAAGUGUGUGUACAUUAAUUAGUUUUUAGUGCCAUGGAAUUGGUCUGUCUACAGUCCACGAAUGGUACCAGAUUGUUUUAUUUACUUGCAAACCUGAUCUAGAUUUUCUGUACUGUGUUUGUCAAUAUGUAAGCCAGAGUUGACCGAAUGCAGUGGGAAAGUCAAAUUAACUUUGUUGUCUUAAUUUUAAUGUUUGUUUUAUUUUAUUUUUUUCAUAGCAGUAUGUUUUCUUUGGGGCUAAACAGGCAUCAGUGACAAUUAUAUUUCCGCAACAUCUUGUCUGUCAUAAUUUUAUUCAUUGAUCUGAAAUAAAAUGUACACUGUGAUUUGAGGGCCCAUGAUGAGUCUGUCAUAUUUUGAAUCUGGUUUACUCUGAUUGUUAAGUACAGAAGUAGUCAUUUGUAUAUAAAGAUGGACAGUCACUUUCUAACUUCAAACUCCGAUAAUCAUGGUAACUUUUAAGUGUAACUCUUUUGGGUUGCCAUUCCCUCAUAAGAUUUUAAGCCAGGUGCCCUUCCUGUGGUGAGCAGCUAGUACAUGCAGUGAAUUGUAGGGAUGGGGCGAGACAGCUACGAGAUUUGAUGUUAGAGAAUGAGAUGAGAUGAGAUUUAGACAUAUUUUUAUAAACAAACUGUGAGGUUAACUUCAGAUUUUUUAUGUUAUUGUAGGCCAGCUUUUUGAGACCACAGAUUCUCAAAAGGAGUUACUCAGCAAAGUUGACCCUUUUUUCCCCCAAAGCCAAUAUAAAACAAUGGGGAAAAAUAAAUCUUACAAGAUAAAUUUUCUCAUGUGUGCACCAUCUUGUGGCAGUUUUAUCUCACAAGAUCUUGUCACAUACCUAUAGUGAUUAGAGUGAGCAAUGUGGAUGAAGCAUCUUGUCCAUGGGCACAACAAAAUAUGCUGAGGCUGAGGCUUUAUGAGGUUUAAUUUAAAGACAUUGCUAAUGUUGGUUCCACUGUCCAUCUUUAUGUACUAGAGUGUCGAUUCAGAUAAGCCCUCAUGAUAGUUCAGUGUAAAACGACUGAAUUAAGGGAGCUGUCUUCCGUUUUGUAUUUUGGGUUUCUACUGCAAAACUGGACUCUUCACAAAGUGUUCCUUUAGUCAUGUUUUAUUUUGUAUUAGGGAAUUUUGGGAAUCUUUCAUGCUGUCAGUAAAAAGGCUUUUGGGAUUUAUUCAUGACUAACCUGAAUACUAACGUGAUUUAAUAAUUUCAUAUAGAUUGUCUUUUUGAGUGUUAGAAAAACAAAUGCAACUUACUUCAAAACUUCCACAAGUUCAUUAUAUUAAAGGUGCACUAUGUGUAACUGAUGGGGAGUCUGCCACUUGCUUGUCUCCAUGGAGAUGUUGUUGUUUUGCCUGGAUUGUCCCAUAGCAUUGCAUUAAAAUUUUUAUCUUUCAUUUACUUUGAGAUUUUUUUUCUUUACUAUCUUGUCACCAGCAUCCGUGAAGCUAUGUGUGUCAUGCCAUUAAUGCUUAACUGUGGAACAUUCCAAGCAAAGCAUUAGCAUCUCCAUGGAGAGAAGCAGAACCCUUUACCAUCAAGUUACACAGCGCACCUUAAAGGCCAUAUAAAGGAAAAAAAAGCUUAACAAGAACAUAAAAUUAUAAACUUCAAUGUUAUUGUAUUAUAACAAGAACAAAGAUUAAAGUGAGUAUUUUAUAUGGCUUUUAUGCUUCCUAUGCAGUCACAUUUCCAUAAGAUUUAUAAAUAUUGACUUCUAAAUGAAUGUAUGAUAAUUCUGUCAUACCAACUGUAAAUUCAGCUGUUCUUUCCAUAAUUAUUCUGGUUAUAAUUUCAUUUCUUUCUGAGAUUACUUUUGAAAAUCUUUGUCUUCAACACCUAUGUUGAUCUUUGUUAUUUAAUUUUUAUUAUGAGGUUAAAGUUGCAUUCUAUUUAUAUCUUGAGUCGCAACAGUAUAUUUUAAUUAUUUGUCAUUUCUAAGUAAAUUAAACUGAACGAUAUUGUAAUUUAUUUAAUAAUUUCCUAAUUACAGAUCAAUAAUUUUAACUUUGGGCAUCACAAAAUCUUUUGACUUCAUAAUAUAGGCCUAAAUAUUGUACUAAAUUUAAAAAAAAAGGUCAAAUGAAAACUACUGUAACUUUGGUGCAUCUUUAGGUUUGUUUGUUAUAGUUUUUUUUCUCCUGGUAAAUUUCUCAAUAUCCUCUUGAUUAGAGAUGUGAGGUCUAGAUUUUUUCAACUUUUAGCUGCUGCUUUUCAGCUGAUCCAGCUCCAUUUUCUUUCCCUGAUCUUUUCUCCACUGUCUGUCACUGUGUUUCUGGGGUUAAAGGCCUGUUUCAGUAUCAUUCAUCCCUCACACUUUUUGCCUGGUGCCACACUUGUAUUAUAAUGUAUUUCCUAAAAUGUUUGAAAACUUUUGUUCAAUAAAAACUGAGAACUUUGA